AUGGGGCAGCACUUCAGCGGCGAGAGAGGUGCAGCACAGUACACACCGGAAGCCUUCGCGGUGCUGGCACACCACGACCUGUAUGCGUCGGGCGAGGCCGUUCGAAUCAUCGUCAUGUCCGACACGCACAACACAGUACGGAAUGCUGCAGAGGCUGUGCGAGUUCCGACUGGCGAUGUCUUUAUUCAUUGCGGUGACGUGACAGUGGACGGAACAGCCAGAGAAGUUUGCUCCUUUAACGAGUGGCUGGGGCUGCUUCCUCACCAACAUCGCAUCGUCAUAGCUGGAAACCACGACUUGAUUCUAGACCCGGAGACAUAUCAUGCCAACGUCGCCAUGUCUUCGAAGAAACGGAAAGCCGAGCAUGCACAGCCAGACGUCCGGAAUGUCUGGAGCCCACCUGACUUACAGGAGCUGUCGCGAUUGGAUGCAGACCAGAGCCGGCUCCGGGCUCUCGCAGAGUGGCGUGGGCAAGUACGGCAACGCCUGCUCAGCAACGCAACGGCUUACUUAGAGGGCGAAAGGACAACCUUGGCCAUCCAACUCGACCGUGGGGGCAACACCGGCCGUGAAGUUCGCCUUCACAUCGCCGGGGCACCACACACUGACGUGAUUGCCGCCAGCUCAAUGCGAGCCUUCGCAGUCGACGAAGAGCGUCAGCUAGCAGUAUUCUGCAGCUGUCUGGAUGCUGGUCCACUGGACGUCCUCAUCACCCACGGUCCGCCUUAUGGCGUCCUUGACAGGUUCCUCGGUGUCCACACAGGCUCGAAAGCACUCGUGCGGGCGCUUUCAAGCAGCAGCAGCUGCGGGCGUGCCCCUUCUUUUCAUGUUUUUGGCCAUGUCCACAAGCAGAAGGGAGUUCAGUUGGGGGCAAAGUUUCCGAACGCCUGCGACUCUGUGACUGAAAGCAUUGAUGUGCCGACGACAUUCGUGAACGCGGCGUCUGUCAUUGGUAUCCACCAUCGGAUACGGGACGACCCGGCUGUUGUCAUUGACAUACCCAUCGCCAAGCUCGUCGAACCACCGUCGAAGUGUUAA